CAGUCAGCGAGGGGGCAUUGUUGCCGGAUCUCUUUCUACUACAUAAAUUUCUAACUCAUCGCCGUACCCCAUUCUCUUGUUCUUUAUUUAAAUUAGCGAUACUACCUUGAACCUGGCAAAACGAACACAUUACGAUGCUCCGGUCACUUCUAACGCGCGGCGGCCUCAUCCGCAACGACGAGUAUAUCUUCCCCAGCGUGGACCCUACGAAAGAUGGCCCCGACUGCAAGAAAGACUGCGCCGACUGCACAGUACAUUUCCCGUCGAAAGUCAAAGUCGAGACCUCCAGGCCGCUGUACGGGCACAUCAAAGAGUUCCACACCCAUGUCUUGGUCGCGACAGGGAAGUCGGACUGGACUGAACGGGUGGAGAACGAGAAAGGAUCUCUGAUGGAGGCAUUCGACGCUUUCUCAAACCAGUCCAAGCACGGGCGCGUUAUGAUCUCUGCUUCAAAUCUCCAGUCCCACCAGGAAGAUCCCGACAGCACACACGGAACCACAAUCCUCCUCCUCCCCUCGUUCACCUUCGUUGAUUCCGUCCACAAGGCCGACGUGCGCGAGGUCGUUGACCGAUUCAUCGACGCCCCACUAUCCAACCAAGGCACCGUGCUAGAGGACCCUGCGUCGCGACUGUCGCCUCGACCAUGCCAGUAUGACUACGUGGUGCUGCUGUGCUCUCACCGACGGCGAGAUGCGCGCUGCGGGAUCACCGCCCCGUUGAUCAAGAAAGAACUCGAGCGUCAUCUGCGGCCGUUGGGGCUUUAUCGUGACGCGACCGACGAGCGCCCGGGCGGAGUGGGCAUUUUCCUUGUCUCGCAUGUGGGCGGCCACAAAUUCUCGGCGAAUGUCCUCGUUUAUCGGAAAGAGCAGGAGCAGAUGAUCUGGCUCGCCCGGAUCAGACCCGAGCACUGCGAGGGGAUCGUCAAGUACACGCUCUUGCAGGGCAAGGUGGUUCACCCGGAGUCCCAGUUACGGGGUGGGUUUGACAGAUGUCGCGGCUUGACGAGUUGGUGAAGGGCUUUUCUUCAUGAUGUAUG